AAGUUACAAGUGGAUAAUAUAUAGUUAACCCUAGCUUAGAUAACCCCAUUUUUCUCUAUGUCUAUUUCGCUCGUAAUUUCCCAGAACCAACUCAUCAGAUCUCUCAGCUUGGAAAAAACAUUCGUAUCUUACUUAUAAAUAGCUGCUUAAUUGUGUUGGGUGCCGCCAUGUCCAUGUUAAAGUUUUAGGAUCUGCAUGCACGCACCGAUAAAUCAGCUGAAGGUUUCUUCAUUUUUCUAUGUUCAUCUGUUUAUGAGUAGCAGCUGGAAACUGAGGCUCAAUACAGUUUAAAGGACCAUAUAUGGAAGGUAAUAGGGCACCGGAAUUACCUGCAGAUGGUUAUGAAUGGAAAAAAUACGGCCAGAAGUUCAUCAGAAAUAUCGGAAAAUUCAGGAGCUAUUUCAAGUGUCAAAGAGCUAACUGCAAUGCGAAGAAACGAGCUGAGUGGUCUGCCUCGGAACCAGGCGAUCUACGGGUCGUUUAUGAAGGGAUCCACACCCAUGGAGGGCCGCCUUCAGGUCCAGAUUCGGGCUCGUCGCAGGGUGGCUCCUCAGCCGAUGCCAACCGCUACAACCUGCUGACACAGGUGUUGGGAGACCAAACACCACCUCAUGACCCUAGUCAGACCGGACACCAAUACAACUAAACUGGCUAAGAAGUUACUAUCCCCGCAUUUCUCUGAUCAGCUUAUGGAGAUGACCCAAGCUCUCUGAGAAUAAUGUCGCCGGCUUCUCUAUUUCGGAUAUCAGCAAAAUGGACUUAUCAUGCCAAGCAUGUCGAUGGAUAGAGUACUAAUUAAUAGAAGAAUCGAGUGCAUAAUACUGCAGAAGUACUUUAUCAAAGUACACGUGCAUAUACGAAUGCAAUAAUAUUCUAAUUUUUGUUAACGAGAUAUAUAACAUACGAUCUUGUGACUUAAAUACCGUGUCGAUCGGCUUUCAGAUCUAAUUUGUACACUUCUUUCUUUGUUUUUCCAGGUGUUCUAUGCUAAGUACAUUGCACAUUA